GCAGCUUCCGCCCCGAGCCGGGCCCCGCCCCGCCCGGUGCCCUCUGCCCGGCGGCCUGACCCCGCGGGCCGCAUCCGGCCGCAGUCCCCGCUCGGCCCGGAUCCCCCAGGGCUCCGCCGGCAGCCGGACGCUGGGCCAGGUCGCCCCCCGGCCCCGGGGUUCCCCCGCCCCACCUCACAGGGCCCGCCCCCCGGCCCCGGGACCCCCGAGCAGGUCCAUGCCCAGCCGGGAGCGCCCAACGAAGGCCCGGGGCUGCCGGGGCCCCCCGCACCCCGACCCACCUGGCCCGGGACCCCCGGCCUGCGCCCCCCACGCCCACGGAGCACACGGAGCACAUGGAGCCCACGCCGUGAAGCCCAGGAGGAUCGUGUUCCAGGAUGAGCUGCCUGCCCGGGCCCCGCGGGGCGCCCUAAGUCCCGUGGGAGCACCCCCAGCCAGGCGCACCCCCAGGCCCGACCCAGUGCCUGACUAUGAGCUCAAGUACCCCAGCAUCAGCAGCGAGAGGGAGCGAAGCCGCUACGCCGCCGUGUUCCAGGACCAGUACGGGGAGUUCCUGCAGCUGCAGCAGGAGCUGGGCUGCGUGCAGGCCAGGCUGAGGCGGCUGGAGGCCCUGCUGGCAGCCCUGCCCCCUCCCCGCAGCCAGAGGGAGGCACAGGCCGCGGCCCGCGUGUGGAGGGAGCUGGACCGGAAGCGGACGGACCCUGGCCUCCUGGACAAGCAGGCCCGCUGCUGCUACCUCAAGGGGAAACUGAGGCACCUCAAGGGGCAGAUCCGCAAGUUCCAGGAGCAGCAGGACAGUGAGGGCUCCGUGUACUUCUGAGCGUGCUGGGCCUCGGCUGGCGGCCCCCUCCUCCAGGAAGCCG